UGUAUUUGGAUGCGCCUCAUCUCCUUCCAUCACGUAUCCAACUUCGGUGUCGUUUCCGCCAGGUACUCGAACUUCACUAAAUGGAUCAGUGACAAUAUCCAGGUCUACUACCCACCCUUUGAGACAGAGCUCCUUGUCUCGGUGAAAUACUACCUCCGGUUCCAAAUCUACUUUUGGGUAUUCCCCUUCGCCGACAUCUUGUACCAUUUUACCAUGAUAUUUCACUACGCCUUCCCAUCCAGCCCAGGUCCAGCUCGGGAAUUCCGGCCGCCGCCUGGGAGUUGA